CCCGCAGAGUGCAGGAAGUCCCGCGGGUUACGUGAGGUCAUGUGCGUCGUUCCAGUCCACUCAUCACGACGCCCGUGGGGAAGCGCGCUGUUGUUAGGAUACCAGCAAGUCUGAAUUCACACGGCACGUGUUUAAGCCCUUACCCUUGGUUUGUUUAGUGUGAUGAUCUGAAGUCAGCGGAUGCUUAGUUUUAGGGGUCGAUCAUGGAGGAUUCCGUCGAAAUCAUCCUUCAGGAUGGCAGUUCUAGAUUUUCCCAUCCUACCCAGGACAAGCCAGUCGUUACGGCUGCCUCGGGGGCUGUUCUCAUUGGCUUAUACGGGCUUUGGACCGUAUUUGCACUCCCUGGGUUCAGAAAAGUGCCAAAAAGUUUAAAGGUGCCGUAUCUGCCCUCGAGUCGCACGCAGACGCGGAACGUUCUGAAGCUGCUGCGGUCCAGAUCAGGCUGUCUGGCAGACCUCGGGUCUGGUGACGGACGACUGGUCUUCGCUGCAUCCUCAUUGGGCUUCCAGUGUACUGGCUUUGAAAUAAACUCCAUCCUCAUAGGCUAUGCCAGAGUCAGAGCUCUAUGGAUGGGAGUUCCAACCUCUACAGCAAGAUUUGUGAACAAGGACUUCUGGAAGACCAAUUUGUCUGGAUACAAGAAUGUGACAGUUUUCUUGGCACCUGGCGUGAUGGAGGUGCUGGCCAGGAAGCUGAUGGAGGAGCUGGCAGAUGAUUCCCGUGUGAUCGCCUGCCGCUUCCCCUUCCCUGAUUGGCCCGUGGCCGCGUCAGAAGGGCACGGGUUGGACCGGGCUUGGGCCUACGACAUGGCCACGGUCCGCAGGCUGGCGAGACAACCACCAAUCGCCUGUUGAGGCUCUUGCGGUGUUUUCUCCCUGCCAGAUGUAUGUUUAUAAAUUCACAGGGACUAUAAUGGUUCGCCUUGUGUGCUUAGGCUGUGUCAGUGUGAAAGCCAAUGCUACUUUUACUAUUAUGUAAAAUGCACUGGACCCAUGCAACACCCUCAACCUGUAAUGAGUGAUAAUUGUAAAUCUAACUGUGAAAUUGUGAGCCAACGUGUGAAAUAAAAAGCCAUAUAUUUUCUGGGUGGAGUGACGCUGACACCCCA